AUGAACUCCAUUGAUCUUCCUAAUGUUGAAGAAGAGGGUCGGUCAGCAGUCCAGCAUCAUAAAUACCACCUCCAUCACCAGCAUCUUUAUCUUACCUCUGAAGACGACUCUCACAUCUACCCUGAACCAGAACCAGCAUCAAUGCAGUUCACAAUGAUGUUUCUGAGGGGUUUCCUGCUGCUCUUUCUGCUUCUCCGCUGGACAGAAAGUGAGGAGGAAGUGAACCCAAUGACUCUUGUCCAAAUGAUAAACUUUGUUAACAUGGUAUUUAAAAACAACAUAUCAGAGCGUCCAUAUGCUGUCGGCAUUAAUGUACCAAGGAAUCAAUGUCUCGGCCAAAUCCAGUUCCAACCAGAAAAUCUUGAAGGUUUGUGGAAGAACUUAUUAAGGAAUGAGACAUACGCACAACAGGUGCAAAAUAAACUUUAUAAUGACUGCAAUGGGUAUUACAAAGCUACAGAUAUCGUUGCAGUACACAGUGAAGCUGUAAGUUGCAAAGACACAGAAGAUUGCAGGAGUUCAUCAGUGUUUUCUCUGCUCAAUGAUCCUGCACAUGCACCAUUCACAGAACUAUUAGAAAGAGCAAAAGACAGCUGCACUGUUCUCUUUACCACAUAUUGUCCCAAUCUAAAUAAAACAGGUCAAUAUAACAUUAAAGAUGCACUUGACAACUGGAUAAACCACACUGGAGUUAAAGCUUUUGUCUUUGAGAAAGGAAUUGGCAAUAAUUUCUGUGAUGGCUCAGAGACCUUUUCCAAGAGUGUGCCUGAUGUUCCACUAUAUCACUGUAUGAAUGAAACAUGUUGUGCCUGUAAAAAUGGUAACUGUGUCCCACCAUCACCAGCACAAAUGAAUUCACAAUGUAAACGUAUGUAA